AUCCGAUCCCUUAAAGCUUGUGAUGCGUGUUUGUCCUGUGUUGUGAUGAUCAGAGUCACCCAGUGGAGAGCCUGGACCCUCUGCUGCCCUGAUCUCAUCUCCUGGUUACCAGUGUCUGUUGAGAGCCAUGGGUGGAGGAAUGAGCCAGAUCUUGCAUGGUUUAUAUCUUGGAAAUAUCAGGGAUUCAGAAGAUAAGUUUACGUUAAGUAGAAACGGAGUCACACGGAUAGUGUCUGUCCACAAUAACGCCAAACCACUACUAGAGGAAAUGACUUAUCUCUGUAUAUCAGCCUCUGAUUCAUCCAACCAGAACUUGAUCCAGCAUUUUAAAAAGUGUAUCAAGUUUAUCCACGAGUCUCGGCUGAAUGGAGGCGGCUGCCUAGUCCACUGCUUGGCUGGUGUAUCCCGAAGCACAACUAUCGUGGUUGCCUAUCUCAUGACGGUGACGGAUUUUGGCUGGGAAGACUGUCUGUCCGCUGUGAAAUGCGUCAGGUCCUACGCUGACCCAAACUUUGGCUUCCAACAGCAGCUCCAAGAAUACCAGAUGACUUUGGUUACAGAGUACCGAUCGUGGCUGAGACAGGAAUAUGGAAGAAAUCCUUUCAACGACCAAGAUAAAGUGAAGAUGCUGCUAUCCCAACAGCAGCAAAAAGAUCAGCAGAGGCAGGCACAGCACCGUUGGAUUAAUAGACCAAAUACAGAAUAUACCCUACCGUACAAAGCCUACGGAUCCAGCAGCAGAUGGACCAACCGCUAGGCACACCUAACACGCCAAAAAAAUAAAGCACCAACAAUUAACAAGGAGCCUUACGGCGGAUGGUAUCCACAGAGAAGAAAGAAAAAAAGACAGGCGCUGCAGCAGUAACCUAAAGUCAUGCCUUCUGAAAAUAAAAUGUAUAUUACAUCAUAAAUGAUACCAUUAUCUGUUUGCUGGGGGUGUAUUUAGUCUAUACUGUGCUAUAGAGAAAGGAAUGAGCUACAUUAGGAAUAAAGAGCGGGAUGUUCAAA